CACAUCAAUGCACUUUGCAAGAAAAUCAACAAAACGCCGCUGCCGCAUUGAAAAAUAACAAUUUAUUUUGCGGCUUCUUCUUGAAUUUGUUGAAUUAUAGGCCAAAUCAACAUGCUAAGUCUCAAGUGCAGCAGGUCUUUAAUCCAAAUCAGCAAAAGCUCCGUUUUUAUGUCAAAUUCCUUGAGCACAACCUCAGUUUUAUAUGACAUAAAAUUCAGAAUAAGGAACAGGCUUCCUGUGAAUGCAAAUGCGUCUGGACCUUUGACUGAUGGACCGGAUUUUUCAUAUCUGAACAGCAGCAAACCCGUGCCUCUGAACAAAGGCCAAACGAGACGAUUGCUCAAACAACAGCAGCUGGCUGAGUCAGUUUUGAGACUGAAUUCUGAAAUCCAGUGGUCCUUUGAUGAAGAAAAGAGGUUGCAACUCGAAGAGGAGCAGAGGAAACAGCGAAUACUCGAUUCAAAGUUGAAAGCCAAAGGUGAUGCUUUGUUAAAGGACAAGUAAUCCCGGUUAAACGAUUUAGUCAAUAAAAAUAAUUAUUUAUAGGUUAAUAGGA